CUAUUUGUGCCUCUACGUGGCUUCUUUUAAUGUUAUUCUUCUAUUCUUGUAUUUUUUGGAUGAAUAAAGAGAGAUUGUAAUCGGUUGAACAAAUUAGUGAAGACCCAUAAAACGAAAGGAUGCACAAAAGAAAGGCAGAAUUUUGGUAAUAAAAUUAAGUGGCAAAUUGUAAGAUUAUUGUUUUCUUGGAAUCUGCUUUCGAGUUACAAUGGCUAAUGAGGAUGAUUUCACGUUUUGUUCGGUUGGGCCGCCGAAAGUUAAUAUUGAAACUCGGAGAGUUGAUGAUGAUGAUGAUGUUAGUGGGAUUCAUAGAGAUGAUGGGAAUGGGAUUGCUGAUGAUAGGAGUAGUGGUAGUAUACGGAAAAUGAGUGCUUCCUCUCAGAAGCAGGAAACAAUUGGCUCUCUGUCGUUUAAUGUGAACGAUGCGUCACCUCGCAGAGAAGUAGAUCAACAGUCCGGACAAGCAGCACAUGAGGGUGCUACAAGUUCAGCUAAGGCACCAUCAGAACAAAAGAGUCCUGUGAGGAAGUCGACGCCCCGUGUGAAGGUUCCGUUCGAGAAGGGGUAUAGUCAGAUGGACUGGCUUAAGCUCACAAGAACGCACCCUGACUUGGCAGGAUUGAAGGGACAGUCGAAUAAGAGACUUAUAUCACUGAAUGAAGUUAAACAACAUCAGUCUGAAGGCUCUAUGUGGACUGUCCUUAAAGGUCGUGUCUACAACAUUGCGCCAUACAUGAAAUUUCAUCCUGGAGGUGUGGAUAUGCUGAUGAAGGGUGUCGGAAAAGAUUGCACGUCUUUAUUCAAUAAGUACCAUGCUUGGGUUAAUGCAGAAUUUUUACUGGAGAAAUGUCUCGUCGGUAUUCUAGACGAGGGCCAUUGAAGGUACUCGAUUUUACAGAAAAGAUUCAAAUGCUUGCAGUAAUUACAGUAAUAUUGUACUUUUGUAUAGUACAAUAGGAAUGGGGGUCGGAAACAAUGUGGGUUUUAAUUCAGGACUCUCAAGGAGAGUUAUGUCAAUUCAACCAACUGGUUAUUGGCAGAUUACUUUUGUAGAUAGAAAAAUUGGUGGAUUGUGCCCGUUUGGAUAAAAAUGUCCGAUAAGAUAAA